GUAGAAUUUCGCAGCUAUACAAUGAGGAACAUUUUAAUUUUAUUAUUAAGUGUGAAUAUUUUCAAAAUAUUUUAUGCAUUAGAAGAUUUUAGUGAUAAUAAUUCAAACUUGUCGAAAGUUAAAAGUCUUGCUUCUGAAUUAAUAUUGCCACCAAAUACAGUUCAUCCUGAAAUUGUUGCACCUUUUUCAUCCGACCCAAUUUAUGGAAAUAGUAGAAUUAGUGAACAACCUAUUUAUCAAAACCCGCCAUGUCAAACUUCUUGUAAUUCCCAAGGUACACAAUGUCCAAGCUAUUGUAGUCAAGCUCCACAAUUGUGCAGUUCCGGUUGUCAACAACAACAAUCAUCAAAAACGGUGACAGUUCAAGUUCCUGUUAGAAUUUCUAAAACAGUUCCAGAAAAAGUUAUAAGAACCGUACAAAAACAUCCAAGAAGAGAGAAUGUAGAAAUGAAAACCGAGACUAUCAAACAAUGUCCAAAAAAUUACAAAAUGAUUGAAGAUGAAAAUGAUAACAAAAAAUGUGUUUUAGAACGGGCUUCUUCAGUUUCUUGUCCUGCCGAUUAUGAGUUUAGAAAUGAUAAAUGUAUAAGAAAAAUAUCGACAUGUGCUAAUGAACAUAUUAAAACUAUGCAAAACUGUGCACCCAGAAUUGUAUGUCCUCAAAGUUAUCACCAACUUGGGGAUGAAUGUGUUCCACCUACUCCUAAAUGUCCUUUUGGCUGGAACUGGAAUGGUCGAGUAUGUGAGCCUGAAAGAUUAAGCUGUCCAAUUGGAUACAAUUUAGAAAAUAAUAACAAAUGCAUUCAUGAAAUGCAAAGAUGUCCUCCUUACUAUAAAGAAUUUGGAAACCAAUGUAUUAUGGAAGAUCCAGGAUGCGAUUAUGGUUUUCAUAUUAAUUCAAAUACAAAUAUUUGUGAGAAAAUUGUUAAUAAAUGUCCUACAGGUAGCUACGAACAGUACGGUGAAUGUGUUAACGUAUCAUAUGGAUGCCCAAGUGGAACGAAAGAUUCAGGAAAUCAUUGCACAUUUGAAGAAACUGUUCAAAAAAUUGUUUAUGAAAUAAAAUAUGUUCCCCAGACUAUGACUUUACCAGGAUCCGUUACAAGUAAUUGCAACAGCUAUGGAAACAACGGAGGAUAUGUAAAUUAUGCAUGUGUAAAUUCAUGUAUUAGCAAUUGUUUUUCUUCUUUAUAAAUGAAAUAAAGAAUUCAGUGAUAAUAUUAAUCAAAUUUUGUG